AUGCUGCCCACACCAGACACAUCACACGUCCCCUACGAGAGGGUAUACGAGCCAGCUGAAGAUUCUUUUCUCCUGCUGGACACACUAUCAAGCACGACGGAGACGACAUUCCUGACGGGCCGGUUCUCCGGGGACGAAGGAUGCCCGGCCCCUCUGGCCGUCGAGGUAGGCACGGGCUCAGGCGUGGUCCUGGCCUUUGUGCACGCCCACGCGCGGACGCUCUUCGGCACGCGGGCCGUGCUCACGGCGGGCAUCGACGUGAACGCCUACGCGUGCCGGGCCACGGGCGAGACGGUGCGGCGCGCGCAGGCCGACAACGCGGCCACGCACGCCCUCGGGUUCCUGGGCACGUCCAUGGGCGACCUGACGAGCUGCCUGAGGAGCCGGGCCGUCGACGUGCUCAUCUUCAACCCGCCCUACGUGCCCACGUCCGAGAUGCCGCUGCGGCCCGACGGCUCCCGGCCGGACGGGGACGGCAAGGCGACGCCCUCGUUCGACCACGAUUCGUACCUGCUCUCGCUGUCGUACGCCGGCGGCAGGGAUGGCAUGGAGACGACCGACAGGCUCAUCGACGGGCUGCCCGACAUCCUCUCGCCGCGCGGGUGCGCCUACAUCCUCUUCUGCGCGCAGAACAAGCCCGACGAGGUCAAGGAGAGCAUACCGGCCAGGCUCGGGCGGCACUGGACGGCCGUGACGGUUGGGUCGAGUGGGAAGACGGCUGGGCGGGAGAAGCUCCAGAUUGUACGGAUAUGGAGGGAGGGACGAUGA